AUGGCCAACCCUCGAGUUGAAGAGCUCCCCGACGACGAGACCAAGACCAAGCCCACGGUCGAGGAACAGGAUGAGUCCAGCGACGAAUCCGAAGCUGAAGAGCUCGGCGAGGGUCUCCCCGCUGGCUCUACCGCCGUUGUCCACUCCCGCCAGGAGAAGAAGGCCCGCAAGGCUCUCGAGAAGCUCAACCUGAUCCGAGUUCCUGGCAUCACUCGUGUCACCCUCCGCCGCCCCAAGAACAUCCUCUUCGUCAUCAACAACCCCGACGUCUACAAGUCUCCCAACAGCAACACCUACAUUGUCUUUGGUGAGGCUAAGAUCGAGGACAUCAACGCCACCGCCCAGCAGGCUGCUGCCGCCCAGCUCGCCGCUGCUAACGCCGAGGCUGAGCACGCCGGCCACAACCACGAUCACGAUCACGACCACGACCACGAUCACGAUCACGACCAUGACCACGACCACGGCAAGGAGGGUGAGUCCUCUGAGGCCAAGAAGGAGGAGGAAGAGGAAGAUGAUGGUGAGGAGGUUGAUGCCGAGGGCCUCGAGGACAAGGAUAUCGAGCUCGUCAUGACCCAAGCCAACGUCAGCCGAAAGAAGGCCGUGAAAGCACUAAAGGAAAACGACAAUGAUAUUGUCAAUUCCAUUAUGGCGCUGAGUAUCUGA